GUUAAAAGUUAUUUUUCCAUAAACCGUUUUAACGUGUUUUUGGCGACAUAUGACACUGUUUAAAUAGUUUACAUAUUGGAAUGUUUAAACACCGUUUUAUUCGUUUCGCUGUCUGCCUGGGCCAGAGCUAAAACCUAAACUGAACCGAACUUGAACCCAAAAAACUCAAUUCGAUUGGAGCUCUGAUAACAAUAGUGGCUUUUCUGAUACAUUCCACUGAUGAGAAUAUCAGUCAUAGACCUAGAUGGAUAGAUAAAUUUUAUCUGACCACUGACAGAUAACUGGUCGUGAAGAUUAGUCAAACAAAUCAGGUUAUCGACAAAUAUCUUUUCAACUUUUAAAUCAAGCGAAAUUAAAGAAAUUAAUUUUAUUCAUUGCUAAUCGUCAGCUAGCUUGUGAGAUCUUUGAUCCCUAUUUAUUUGAAUUCAAAGUGUAGAAAAGUUAUUCUACCAAUUGACCAAUCCAAUCGAUUCUUCUUCAAACAAUCAUUCGACGAACUAUUUGUAUCAAAAUUUAAAAUGGCUCUCACUCUCACCCAUCAUUCUUCAAAAUGAAGGACGUCGUUUUCUGAUAAUGAUGAUGUAAUUUCAAACAAUACGAAAGUUAUCAACGUUUGAUACUUUUUAAACUAACACAUUAAAAUAAAAGCAGUUGAUGAACAAAAUACACCCAUAAUGUAUUGAAUAACGAAUCUCUUCAUUGUACGAAACAACUAUUUCAAUAGAGUUAUUAUCGAAAAAGAAAUCGACGAUACGCUUGUUCAGAGAACCUCUUUUCAAUUCAAAAGUUUGAACAACGCAAUGCUGUUGAACACUUGAAUUGGAAAUGAAGAAUAGUCUUUUGCAUACACUUGUUGAAAAUCGGUCAUAAGUAGAACUCUUUAUUUGAUCUGCAUUUCUUCCGGAAUAGAACAUGAAUGAUAUUGGAACAUUGUCAUUUGCGUAGAAAUCUUAUGACUUUCAACUCGAACACAAGAAUGAUGAAUUGUUGACCGACAAUAUUGCAAUGCAUAACUUUAAAUUGUACAAAAUAGUUGAAACAAAACAAUGGUCGUCUACAAAGUUGAAAAUUUGUCUAAAAAAGAUUUCUCGGCUUGUAGCAAAUCUCUCUCUCAUUAUCUCUUAUGCUAUAAUUUUACUUGUCUCUAUUUCAGACAGCCCAUUACGUGCUCCGCCCAGCACCAACAUUCAUCCGAAUGCUCGAUGGCAACAGAAUGGUAUCCCUAUGGCUGGAGGAAAUCGACAAGGCAAUGGAAUCAAUCAACUCUCCUACCCAUGUAGUUUGUAUGUUGAUGAUGAUCAAAGUGUCUAUGUCGCUGAUCGAUCGAAUCAUCGUAUUGUGGAAUGGAAAUGGGGUGCGACGAGUGGCCAAGUAGUUGCCGGUGGAAAUGGACAAGGAAGUGGGGCUCAUCAGUUGUCUUACCCAACAGAUGUGAUUGUCGACAAAGAUAGAGAUAGUCUCAUCAUCUGCGAUCAUUGGAAUAGAAGAGUGGUUCGAUGGCCUCGUCGAAAUGGGACAAAUGGAGAAACGAUCAUCUCGAACAUCUAUUGUUGGGGUUUGACAAUGGACGAGAAUGGAUCUCUCUAUGUCACUGACGAUAGAAAAGCUGAAGUGAGACGAUAUCGAAGAGGAGAAUCUCAAGGAACAGUGGUUGCAGGUAGCAAUGGAAGUGGAAAUCGUCUCGAUCAAUUCUCUCGCCCAUACUACGUAUUCGUUGAUCGAGAUCAUUCAGUGUACGUGUCUGAUUGGGACAAUCAUCGUGUGAUGAAAUGGGUGGAAGGUGCAAAACAAGGCAUUGUCGUGGCUGGUGGUCAAGGACAUGGAAAUGGUCUUACACAAUUGUAUUCUCCUCGAGGAGUCGUUGUCGAUCAAUUGGGCACUGUCUAUGUGGCUAAUGCAAGGAAUGAUCGAAUCAUGCGUUGGCCCAAAGAAGCCACACAGGGAAGUGUCAUUGUUGGUGGAAACGGUGAAGGAGAACAAUCGAACCAACUUAAUUGGCCCAUCGGUUUGUCAUUCGAUCGACACGGCAAUCUCUAUGUCGUCGAUUGUGGAAAUGAUCGAGCACCACGAUUAAAUAUCGAUUCCAAUACAUAA